CGGCGAGCGCGGGCGGGGGCAGGGUCCGGCGGGGGGAGCCGCGAGGGGGCCCGGCCCCGCCCCUCCGGGGGUAGGCCCGGAGCUCGGGGCCCCGUCGGCCUCCUCCCCGCGGCGGGCCGGGCCCGAAGAUGCGGCGGUACCUGCCGGUGGCCCGGCAGCACUGCGUGGCGGCGCUGGGCGGCACCAGCGUGGUGGUGAAGGCGGUGAGCGGCACCGUGCUGCUGCUGUACGCGCUGUCCUUCGCGGUGGACACGGCCUACGGGCUGGCGGUGACGCCCGGCUUCCUGUUCCUGCCCCGCUGCUGGCUAUGGACGCUGCUGACGCACGGGCUGGUGGAGCGGCGGGCGGCCGGAGUGGCGCUCAGCCUGGGCGCGGUGGUGGCGGCCGGGCGGCUGCUGGAGCCGCGCUGGGGGGCCCUGGAGCUGCUCGUCUUCUUCGCCGUGGUCAACGCCUCCGUGGGGCUGCUGGGGGCCGCCGCCUACUUCCUCACCUACGCCGCCACCUUCCACGUGGCCUACCUGUUCGACGUGCACAUCCACGGCGGGCUCGGCUUCCUGGCCGGCGUGCUGGUGGCCCUCAAGCAGACCAUGGGCGACAGCACCGUGCUGAGGGUGCCCCAGGUGCGAAUGAAGGCCGUGCCCAUGCUGCUGCUCCUGCUGCUGGCCGCGCUGCGGCUCGCCACCCUCAUCGAGAGCCCUGCACUGGCCUCCUACGGCUUUGGGCUGCUCUCCAGCUGGGUCUAUCUCCGCUUCUACCAGCGGCACAGUAGGGGCCGCGGAGACAUGUCCGACCACUUCGCCUUUGCCACAUUCUUCCCUGAGAUCCUGCAGCCCGCGGUGGGGCUGGCGGCCAACCUGGUGCACACACUUCUGGUGAAGGUGCGGCUCUGCCGGAAGACGGUGAAGCGCUAUGAUGUGGGCGCCCCGUCCUCCAUCACCAUCAGCCUCCCGGGAACGGACCCGCAGGAUGCCGAGAGGAGAAGGCAGCUGGCCUUGAAGGCGCUGAACGAGCGGCUGAAGCGCGUGGAAGACCAGACAGCCUGGCCCAGCAUGGAGGACGAGGAGGAGGAGGUGGUGGUGAGGAGUGAAGGCCCGCUGCUCCCUGAGGCCAGCGUGGCUGGGAAGGCAGCUGGCCAUGAGAGCAGCCUGAUCACCUUUGAGGAUGCCCCAUCCCAGCCAUGAGCUGCAGCUGCAUUGCCCCCUUCUCCCCACCCUGGCUCUGCGGGAGAGCUGCAGGUGCCCACACGGGACGCUGCCUGCGGGGACGCUGCUGACCCAGGGGCAGGGGCUACCUCAGAGCCGCGGGGCUCUGCUUCUCGCUGCCUGCUGGAGUGGCUGGGGCUUCUCAUGAGGAGGUGGAUGUCUGUGCUGGGGGCUUUGUUCCAGAGGGAGACUUGGAACCGAUCCAUACUGCUCAGCUCCAUUCCCAAAGGCCUCUGCACUCAGCCACGAAGGAACCUCACGAUGCCCUGGGAGCACAGUCAGCAAGCACCAUGCUCUCUUGCUUCUCCUCUGCACUCAGAACUUAAUUUUCUCCUUUAUUGAGUUAGUUUUGUUCUUACUCUAGGAAAUGAGAAGGCUCGUGGGUCUCUUUUCCAAAUCCCCUGCCUGUUUCCACCCUCCCUCCACCCUGCAGGAGGUAGACAGAGCUCCCACACAGGGCUGGUGCCUGUUUUUUGGCUCUGUCACAGGCACGUAGAACGGGGAUCAGCCCUGACUCCCAUGGCUUUGUUCUGUUGGUUCUCUCCUCUUUCCUCUCCUGCUGCAGUGACUCCCCAGGAGGAGCCAGUGUCCUUGGCUGCUGCACGACUAAUCCGUUUGUCAGAUUAUCCUAGAAGCUGGAAUUAGUUUUUACAGCGGGGCACUCGCUGCUUCCCCUGACACCAGGCUUCUGUCCUGUGGGUAGAAACUGGAUCCCCCUCCUCUUCUGCUCCCUCUGUGUGGCUGGGCUGUCCUUGUGAGGGAGAGGCUGCUCCUGGAGCUCUUUACCCUGGGCUCUGGGAGGCAGCCCAUGGUGGUGUUAUGAAUUUAUUUUUUUAAAGGACCACACGGGAAGGUUUUGUCAACUAGGAAAAACACAGACAUUUCGUUAUCAAUAAACAGUUCUUUAAAAGA